CUCUCUCUCUCAUGGCGAUUCCCGAAGCCGCUGAGAAUGGGUCCACCACUGCCUCGGACUCCGACCCGCAAAAAAUCCCAUCGGAAGACCCCGCCACAACCACAACAACGGAACCCUCUUCAACAACUACCAAAACCCCGGCCGCCGCCCCGACCGAGCCCGACCCAUCAGCUCAUAACACCGAGUCCGAGUCAGCUCCUGCGUCCGAGCCUCCGGCUCCAGCCACCCCGGCCGAGAAAAAGUGGCCGGGAUGGCCCGGGGACUGCGUGUUUCGGCUCAUCGUGCCGGUCCUCAAGGUUGGUAGCAUCAUCGGCCGUAGGGGAGAUCUCAUCAAGAAGAUGUGCGAGGAGACCCGUCCCCGCAUUCGCGUCCUCGACGGCGCCGUCGGCACUCCGGAUCGCGUUAUGGCAUCUCCUGGGGAAGAGUGCUCUCCUGAUACCCUUGCAUUUAUGGAACUUGCAAUGCAACAGGCAAAGCUUGCUUUGGACAGCCUUGAAGUACCUGUUGGGUGUGUGAUUGUGGAGGACGGGAAAGUUAUUGCCUCAGGAAGAAAUCGAACUACUGAGACACGAAAUGCAACGAGGCAUGCGGAGAUGGAAGCUAUUGAUAUUCUUCUUGAGGGCUGGCAAAGAAACGGACUUUCUAAGUUAGAAGUUGCUAAAAAAAUUUCAAAGUGCUACCUUUAUGUUACUUGUGAACCAUGCAUAAUGUGUGCAGCUGCUUUAUCAACUCUUGGUAUAAAGGAAGUAUUUUAUGGUUGUGCAAACGAUAAGUUUGGAGGUUGUGGAUCAAUAUUGUCUUUGCAUUUAGGUAGCUCUGAGCCAUGUAAAAGCGGUUCUGUUCCACAAGGAAAGGGUUUCAAAUGUAAUGGAGGAAUAAUGGCAUCAGAAGCAGUCUCUCUUCUGCGAACCUUCUAUGAACAAGGGAACCCUAAUGCUCCAAAGCCUCACAGGCCUCUAGCUCACCAGGCAAUGCAUUGAAUUGAAUAUGCACACCCACAAUUUCUGGCAGAAAGUAUUUUGAGUUCUAAAAGCAUAUAUAUGUAUCUUCAAACAUUCUUUUAGGUUUACUUCCAAUUUUCCAAAACAUGUUGACGUGUCCUCUGUUUUUUAGUCUUUUAUGGACUGGUACUUGGACUUUGUAAUAUUUCUUGGGUCUGGGUCAUGGGUUGAUUACAUAUAUACAAUCCCUUUGGGCUUUCAAAAGGCCUUACGGGCUAGGGCCCAUUUUGGUC